UCUUCUGCUUCCACAAACCUUCCUUUCAUCUUUGUUUACUGUUCACACAAAGAUGUUCUCUCGACUUGUUUUAGCCCUGUUCAUCCCUUGUUGCUUUUUCUUGCAGUCACUUGCCCAACCUGCAGGUAAAUGUCCCCUGCCAGCAAGAUGUCCUUUAGUAUCACCACCACCUCGCCCCACCCCUUUUCAACGUCCCCCGCGAACUCCACUCUACCCACCAUCACUUCAUCUCAUGCCCCGUCGCCCCAACAACAAUCCUGGACCCUUGGCUAACAGAGCUAGGAUUCUGUUCAUCACCCAGGAGCUCAAAAGGAAUAUCACCUACGACCCACAAAACUAUACCGGCACCUGGGUCGGCAACAACUACUGCCUCUUCAAGGGCUUCUAUUGUGACACUGUGCCUGACUUGAACAUCACUGGGCUCGCCGGCAUUCUCUUCAACGGCGCAAGGUUUGGCGGCCGCUUCUUAAACUUUUAUCGCUUUAUCCGCAACUUGCCGGACAUUGCUAUCUUCCAUGCCAACUCCAACAACUUCAGCGGCGUAAUUAACCGAAAUAUCAACCAGUUGCGCUAUUUCUACGAGCUCGACCUGAGUAACAACAAGUUCCUAGGAGGGUUCCCGGCGAGUGUCAUCGGCGCCACCAAUCUAACCUUUGUGGACCUUAGGUUCAACAUUUAUAACGGGCCAGUCCCGGCUUCGUUAUUCAACGUUGACACCGACGUAUUGUUCAUCAACAACAACGGGUUCAGUCAGCCAAUUCCACCUGCCACAUUCGGGAACACGCCGGCACUCUUCCUCACCCUGGCCAACAACAAGUUCAACGGUACCAUCCCUCGGAGUAUUGGCCGAGCUUGGAACACCCUACUCGAGGUGCUCUUCUUGAACAACAGGUUGACCGGCUGUCUUCCUUUCGAAAUCGGGUACUUGAUCAAGGCCACUGUGUUCGACGUCGGCGGCAACUUCUUGACGGGACCGAUACCGCAGUCAUUCGGGUGCUUGGUGAAGUUGCAGCUACUCAACCUGGCUCACAACCAGUUCUACGGGACGAUACCGGAGAACUUGUGCCGGCUACCGAACGCGUACAAUUUUUCUCUCUCAUACAAUUACUUCAGCCAAGUAGGGCCGGCGUGCAUGAGGCUGAUAAGGGCGAGAAGGCUUGACGUGAGGAGGAACUGCAUUGUCGGGCUUCCGCAGCAGAGGUCCAACGCUGAGUGUACGCGUUUCUUCGCGAGGGCUAGAAGCUGCCCGCGAGAGUCUACUUUCAACAUCGUUCCCUGCACCACUGCUCGCACUACGGGUUCUUUGGAUGAGGAAGACGAAGAAGAAGAAGGCCGGGUCCUUGCAACGAUUGAAGAAAUGACACCCCCUUCACCGAAGACCUACGCUAUGCUCGAGAAGCCUCACCAUUGAUGAUCGGACGGUAUGCCUGCGUGGUGAGGGAGUUAGUAAAGUCGAUCUGUAAUAGAAUAAUUUAUCUGCGUGUGUCCUAAUUAAGAGGAUCAUCUUCUACGUAAUUACGUACGUUGCUUUAUUCCUUUUUUUCUUUUUUCUUUUUUCUCCAAAAUUGGAACAUUAAUUGUGGCCAAUAUUUGUAAUUAGGUUCAACUAUUUCGAGUUUGCUUUGUAUGUUACCACUUUUUAUUUGGGAUGAUUAAUCCAUCAUCUGAAAUAAAACUAUGGUCAAUGUUUGUGUC